UAUCAAAUUUCCAUUGCCUUCUCUGAAAUCUCUUGCAAUCAAUCCCUUGAUUUCCGACUUCGAUCCUAAUCUGAGAUAAUGGCUCGUACGAAGCAAACCGCUCGCAAAUCCACCGGUGGAAAAGCUCCAAGGAAGCAACUGGCCACUAAGGCUGCUAGGAAGUCUGCUCCAGCCACUGGGGGUGUGAAAAAGCCACAUCGCUUCAGACCUGGAACAGUGGCUCUUCGUGAGAUCAGGAAGUAUCAGAAGAGUACCGAGCUUUUGAUCAGGAAGCUUCCAUUCCAGCGUCUGGUUCGCGAGAUUGCUCAGGAUUUCAAGACCGAUCUUCGAUUCCAGAGCUCCGCCGUCGCUGCUCUUCAGGAAGCUGCUGAGGCAUAUCUGGUUGGUCUUUUUGAGGACACUAAUUUGUGCGCAAUUCAUGCCAAGAGGGUCACAAUUAUGCCAAAGGAUAUUCAACUCGCUAGGCGUAUCAGGGGUGAGCGGGCUUAAGCUUGUAGUUUGGCAUGUAUAGCGGUGCUGUUAGGUUUCGUUAUGGUCUCUGUUUUAGGUUUCCACAUCUGGAUAUGAUUGUAGGCACAAGUAUUCUCUCAAUGGAAUUAUGGAAUUUGUUCUUCAAAA